UCCACGCCUGCGCCGCGCUUCUCCUGUCAUCCCGGUGCUUAGUACACUCCGCAUGAGGCACACCUCUGAUCUCGACUAAAAGCCCAAUACACCCCGCCCCGGGGCUCAGGACGCGCCAACGACACGUCUCCGCAGCAAGCAGCUCAAACCUCCAUACCGAGCGUCGGAAUACCCUCCAAUCCACCACAAUGGACGUCGUUCCCUCUACCACCCCAGACGAGGCAGUGCGCCUCUCCGCCAAGCGGACGGCCGAGCUCUUCGGCUCCGACUACCUAAUGGUCACCCCUUCCGUCGCCAAUGGCUCCAUCGCCACGUCCUACCGGCGCAAAGCAGAAUACGAAGAUGUGAAGGAACUCCCCCCAGCGCUCGCCGAAAAGCAAGCCAAAGCCGUGGCCGCUGGACGCGCCAAACGUCCCAAGAUCCAACCACAGUCCCAAGCCGCCGUGGACGGCAGCGGCGCGUCCAUGGCCCUCGUCAAGAAGGCCCCCGGCCCAGCAGCCGGCGGCGUCGGUGGUGAAAACGCCCCCAAGAGUCUCAUCCAACGUCCCUCGGCGACGAAACAGCAACGACCCGACUGGCACCCGCCAUGGAAGCUCAUGCGGGUCAUCUCCGGCCACUUGGGUUGGGUGCGCAGUUUGGCCGUCGAGCCCAACAACGAGUGGUUUGCUAGUGGUGCCGGCGACCGAACCAUCAAGAUCUGGAACCUGGCUACAGGUGCCCUCCGUCUCACUCUCACGGGUCACAUUUCCACCGUCCGCGGUCUGGCCGUAUCCCCCCGACAUCCCUACCUCUUCUCCUGCGGUGAAGACAAAAUGGUCAAGUGCUGGGAUCUCGAAACCAACAAAGUCAUCCGCCACUACCACGGCCACCUCAGCGGCGUCUACACCCUCGACCUGCACCCCCGUCUGGACCUCCUCGUCACAGGUGGUCGCGACGGCGUAGCCCGCGUCUGGGACAUGCGUACCCGCGCCAACGUCCACGUCCUCGCCGGCCACAAGGGCACCGUCGCCGACGUCAAGUGCCAGGAAGCCGACCCGCAGAUCAUCUCAGGCUCCCUCGACGCCACCGUCCGCCUGUGGGAUCUCGCAGCCGGUAAAUCCAUGGGCGUGCUCACGCACCACAAAAAGGGCGUGCGCGCUCUGGCCACCCACCCUCGCGAAUUCACCUUCGCCUCCGCCAGCACGGGCUCCAUCAAGCAAUGGAAGUGCCCCGAGGGCGACUUCAUGCAGAACUUCGAUGGUCAAAACGCCAUCAUCAACACCCUCUCCGUCAACGAAGACAACGUCAUGUUCUCCGGCGGUGAUAACGGCUCCAUGUGCUUCUGGGAUUGGAAGACCGGGUACCAGUUCCAGAACAUCGAUGCUGUUGCUCAGCCGGGUUCUCUGGAAGCUGAGGCCGGUAUUAUGGCUUCGACGUUUGAUCGGACUGGUCUGCGUCUCAUUACUGGUGAGGCUGAUAAGACAAUUAAGAUCUGGAAGCCGGAUGAUGAGGCCACGGAGGAAUCUCACCCUGUUACUUGGGCCCCGACUCUGGGGAGACAGAGGUAUUAGUUUGUUAGUGUGGCUUGUGGUGUGCUUCUGCUCAUUAUCAUCAAUACCCCGAUGUCUUUUUUUUUUUUUCAGUUUGUUUAUCCUGGUGUGUGGGGAGGAGCUGCUUUAAGGGGGGUCCGUUUUUCUAGCUUUGAUGUUAU